AAGGCCGAUGUGUGAUGACGGCCGUUGAUGACGUGGAGGAAUCAGUGUGCCCUGCGACCUCGCCAGAUGCGGCUGGAUGUUGAGUUUUUCUCGACACCAGCUGCUGCUACUGAGUUCCGCUCGAGGUGUACCGCCGCCGAUACCUGUCGGGACGGCAACAUGGGCGCUCGACUGGAUUUGUUGUCUCCCGCCCUUAUCCCCGGCAGCCAGAAAAUUGCGCGAAAAUUUUGUCGGGGCCGGCCGUCGAGCCGGAGUUCCACGCCGGUUGAUGCCAAGUACUGCCAGAACCCCGCUGCGCUGGUGCUCGCUGGAAGGCGCCCGUGAUCUCUAGUCCGUUGGUGGCGUGAGAAACAAGGCGCUCCUGCUCUCCGAGUGCAAGGU